AAAGUUCUUAUCCGCGACAGAAAACCCAUUUCCUUUCCUUCUCUCUCUUCCUCUUACUGAUCCUUGACUACCGAAAACGCUUGCUGUCAUGGCCGUCUCGUUCUCCACGACAAACCCCGCAGGUUCUAAAUUCCAAGCCAAAAUUCUUCUCUCGCUAUCAGAUUCAUAUCAGAGGGGACCUUACUGCGCUAAAGGCCAUUCCGUCUCUCCCAAUGUGCGUUGCUUGAGCUCUGCUUCGUCUUAUGUGAAACUUCGAGUUGGUACAGUCAAUGGUUUUAGUAAGUCCGUCAUUGUGAAACAGCAGAAGAGAGCAGGGUUUGUGAGGUGUGCUACGAUUGAAGAAAUAGAAGCAGAGAAGGCUUCAAUCGAGAAAGAUGUUAAAUCAAGAAUGGAAAAGACUAUUGAGUCAGUAAGAUACAAUUUCAAUUCCAUAAGGACAGGCAGAUCGAGCACAUCCAUGUUAGAUAAGAUUGAGGUCGAAUAUUAUGGAAGUCCGGUCAAUUUGAAAAGCAUUGCCCAGAUUAGCACACCAGAUGCAAAUUCUCUCUUGGUCCAGCCAUAUGACAAAUCCAGUUUAAAGGUUAUAGAGAAGGCUAUUGUCAGCUCUGAUCUUGGUAUGACUCCUAACAAUGAUGGAGAAGUGAUAAGGUUAAUACUUCCUCAGUUGACAUCUGAAAGGAGGAAGGAGCUAUUGAAAGUCGUAGCCAAACAGGUUGAAGAAGGGAAGGUGGCAAUCAGAAAUAUAAGAAGAGAUGCUUUGAAGGCAUAUGAAAAGCUAGAGAAGGAAAAGAAGCUCUCAGAGGACAACGUGAAGGACCUGUCAAGUGAUUUGCAAAAGCUUACUGAUGAGUACAUGAAGAAGAUUGACAGUGUCUACAAACAAAAAGAAAAGGAGUUGCUCAAGGUUUAACAAUCGUGGAGUUGGGCAUAAUCUUCUUACUUUUUGGUUGAAUGACUGGUUCAUAUUAUCUAUGGCUGUUCAUGAAGUUUCUUUUCAGAGCGAGGAGCGGGCCGUGCGCUCCACCUCGCUCCUCGCUUUAAGCGUGCGCCUCUCACGCUUUUGACAACACUAGCACUUGGUGGACAUUUGUUUUGGGUUUUUGGUAUAAAGCAUUUUGUAUAGCAUUAUUUUGUGCGAGCAUUACUUGGAAUACCAAAAUUGCUUUUCAGCAGUAGUAACUGGUUCAGAACUUUUCAUGGAGAAUUUGCAAUUCAGAUUAAACUGGAACAUUAAUUUUCUUUCA